AUGGGCAAGCGCAAGUCCUCAAGCAAGCCCAUGGGGCCCAAGAAGAAAGAUCCCCUUCCUACCACUUUCGCAUGCCUCUUCUGUAACCACGAAAACUCGGUUUCGGUCAAGCUGGACAAGAAGGCGGGUGUCGGACAACUCGACUGCCGUGUCUGCGGACAAAAGUUCCAAUGCGCGGUCAACUAUCUGUCUGCGGCGGUUGACGUUUACGGUGAAUGGGUUGAUGCAGCAGACGCCGUCGCCAAAGAGGACAACGCGGAGCCUGGCUACACUGGCACAUCUCGAGCAGGAGCUGGACGAGGUAACCGAACGGCGGUCGAUGAAGACGACGACGAGCACUACGGAGAGGAUGACUAUUAA